GCCUGUCUGACAAAAACGCUCGUUCGAAAUUCGAAAAGUUUGCGAGCGCGAAAAAUGAAUAAUAGUGACGUGACUUAAUUUAAAUUCUGUGAGUGAUAAGUGAAAAGGGGCCGAAUUCAAGGAGAUAAAAAGUUGUACAACGGAGCGCGCCGUACCAGAAACAUGGACGCCGAAGCGGAUUUCCUGUUGGAGGAAAGAGAGAGAGUGACAGUCGCCUCUUUCACCACCUUCAACAACCAGACCGUCUGGAACAACGAGACGACGGCGGAAAACCUCAAUGUUUAUUAUUUUUACGAUAGUAUCCAGUUCACAGUGAUGUGGGUACUGUUCGUGCUGAUCGUGGUGUUGAACGCGUCUGUGAUCGCGGCGCUGCUCUGUACCAACGCCAGGAAGAGUCGGAUGAACUUUUUCAUCGUGCAGCUGGCUAUAGCAGAUCUGUUCGUUGGACUAAUCUAUGUGUUUGUGGAUAUAAUUCAGAAGAUAACUAUUGCGUGGCUGGCGGGAGAGAUUAUGUGCAAACUAGUCAAGUUUCUACAGGCGGUGGUGAUGUACGCGUCAACGUAUGUGCUGGUGGCGCUGAGCAUCGACCGCUGCGACGCCAUCACCAACCCCAUGAACUUCUCGGGCAGCUGGAUUCGAGCAAGAGGUCUGAUAGUGUCAGCUUGGCUGAUCAGUGUCAUAUUCUCCAUCCCACUUCUGAUUCUGUACGAAGUAAAAGAAGUACAAGGACAGCUGCAAUGCUGGAUAGAGCUGGGAUCCCCUCAGAAGUGGCAGGUGUGGAUGACGUUAGUGUCAGUAAUGAUCUUCGUGCUGCCAGCAGUCGCGAUUGCGGCGUGCUACGUCGUCAUAGUCUGGACUAUAUGGACGAAGAGCAAAGCGGUGGUCAUGAGUCCGCCUAUCAAUAAAUCUACUAAGAAACGGAAAAGUGACGUGGAGUGUGACCCGGAGUCGCGUCGCGCGAGCUCCCGCGGCCUGAUACCGCGCGCCAAGAUCAAGAGCGUCAAGAUGACCUUCGUCAUCGUCUUCGUGUUCGUGCUAUGCUGGUCGCCGUACAUCGUGUUCGACCUGCUGCAGGUGUACAAGCAGAUCCCCAUCACGCAGACCAACCUGGCCAUAGCCACGCUCAUACAGAGCCUCGCCCCGCUCAACUCCGCCGCCAACCCGCUCAUAUGCUGCAUGUUCUCGCCGCAUAUUUAUAUCAGUCUGAGGCGCGUCCCACCGUACAGCUGGCUGUGGUGCCUGCGGCGGCGGCGCGCGCGCGGCACGGUGCGCUCCCGCUCCGACAGCACCGCGCACUCCGACCUGCUCAGCUCCACGCACACGCGCCGCUCGCAGUCUGUCGCUACGGUCCUCAACCGGACUCGCAGCAGCAGCAUCCCGAAGGUGGAGCGGCGCACGCAGCUGCUGGUGCUCAUCCCCAACCGCGACUGACACACCCUCCCCGUCAACGAUGUCAUGCUGUAAUCAUCAUUAUCCUCUAAAGCACUGGUUCCCAAUCAG